UUGCCAUAUCGUGAUUUCAACAUACAGUAAAAAACAUGAUCAUACAAGAGCCUGUGCAGGCUGCCAUAUGGCAUUGUCUCAAUCACUAUGAUCACAAGGAUGCUGUAUUUUUGGCUGAACGUUUAUGCUCCGAAGUGGAGACAGACGAAACAAUUUUCAUCUUAGCCACAAGUUAUUACCGAUCCAAUCUCAUUCACCAAACAUACUGGUUGUUGCGUGAAAAAUCUCGUCGUUCCCCUCAAUGUCGUUUCCUGCAAGCCAAAUGUGCUUACCAACUAAAGAAAUACUCCGAAGCUGAAUGUGCUCUAACCAGCAAUGGAUUUGGCGAUAUGAAAAACAGUUUUGAAGAUAUUGUAAAGGAGUUUGGCGAAAUUGCAUGCUUCGUUUUACAGUUGAUAGCACAGAUAUGCGUUAAGACGGAACGUAAUAAAAUUGCCACAAUGGCACUGCGGAAGGCGCUUAAAUUAAAUCCAUUUAUGUGGCAAGCCUUUGCUGAUCUAUGUCAAUUGGGCGAAUAUCCAGAUGCCAACAGUAUAUUUCAAAUUCCCAAUACUGAUAUUUUCAACACCUGCCAAGGCAAUAUGAAUACCAGUUCGAUGAUUCUCUUUGGUGGCGGAGGUGGGGGAAGCUUGAACGAAUGUGCUAGUAUGAAUUAUUCAAAUUUCGGUCCAGCAAAUUCCACAGAUGGCGGCUUUGUUAGUCAAUUGUGUAAUAGUUCAAAUUAUAUACUCUCCACACCCGUAGAACAGCAAAUCCAACCACCAACUAAUAACAAUGGCCUCGGCGCAUUACAGAAUUUGACCACACCAAAUAAUAAUAACAACAACCUAAAUAGUUCCAUAUCGAUGCUAAGGGGUAACACGACUGGAAUGAGUUGUGUUGGCAAUGGUCUAAAUCAAAAUCAACAGAAUGCCAGCAUGAUGAUGUUGGACGACACUCCGGUCGGUUAUACAACAAACGCCGAUCAAACAAGCGGUCUGAUGAGUACACAGGGCGAUGGUGGUGGUGCUGGUACACCAUUCCGCAAACAAUUCAAAUAUUUGUCAGCUAUGUCACCAACAACGCCCAGCUUCGGUGUUCUGCCCAUAAACAGUCCGUGUGGUGGCGAUUCAUCGUUUUUGGGUAGUUUCAGUGGUGCUGGUCACACACAAUCAAAUCUCAACAUAACCAACUCCCCAUUGCCGCAGACAUUGGCCGAAGUCAAUCAGGAGCAGAAAGUUAUUGGUAAAAAAAUGAAGGGCCAUGUUAGUAGCUUGAUAAAUCGUAAGGAUACAUCAUCAAAUUCAGGAAGUGGAAGCAAGCCGGCUGUGUUUACACAAACGGGAAAUAUAACACCACGGACUCCGAAUAAUACAGGAAAUGCUUCCAGCGGUACAAAUAUUCCUAAUGCAGCGGUGAGACGUAGUUCACGUCUCUUUAGUCAUAGUGGAUAUUCCGUAAAAGAAAACAACAAAUCGCCAAAUAUAUCGAAUAAAUUUGUGCAGCCCCGUUCACCUCCACGCAAAACUAAAGCUCGUAUGGGUAAAAUAUGUCUUAACAAUGAACUGAUUGAAGACAAAUCCAACAGCAAUCAAGCGAAUAGCGAAAAAAUUUCAGAUAAAAAUCUGCGCAAAGACAAAGAAAAAGUCGAGACCAUAACAUCAGCGCAAUCGGCAACGAAUCGCACAUCCGACGAUGUCAAAGUGCAACUGAACAAUAGUUUAAACAAUGCCCAGACUAUGGCUCAUCAUUUACUUUCGUUAAAGAAACAAUCUGCCGAUGGUCUGAUGGCGUUACUUCGAGAUUUGGGCGAGGGCUAUAAGCUGUUGGCCCAUUUUCAAUGUAAAGCCUGUAUUAAACAUCUAGAGUCGACAAUUCCAAAACAUCAUUUUUCAUCAAGUUGGGUACAAUCGCUGAUCGGCAUGUCACACUAUGAGCUGCGGGAAUAUGAAAACGCAGUGGCAAUAUUUAAACGUAUACACGAACAGGAGCCAUAUCGCCUCGACUACAUGGAAAUAUACUCCUCCUCACUGUGGCAUCUGCAGAAAGAAGUUAGCCUAUCUGCCUUGGCUCAAGAUUUAAUAAAUCAAAAUAAAACAUCGCCCAUAACUUGGUGUGUGGCUGGAAAUUGUUUUUCGUUGCAUAAGGAGCACGAGACUGCCAUUAAGUUCUUUAAGAGGGCCGUACAAGUGGAUCCUGAGUUUGUCUACAGCUAUACAUUGUUGGGUCAUGAGUUGGUGUUGACCGAAGAACUCGACAAGGCUAUGGAUUACUUCCGUGCCGCAGUUGUCAGAGACCCACGUCAUUAUAAUGCCUGGUUUGGCAUUGGCACAAUAUACUCCAAGCAGGAAAAAUACGAACUGGCAGAGUUACAUUACAUCAAAGCACUGAAAAUCAAUCCCCAAAACUCUGUUAUUCUUGUGCACAUUGGAGCUAUGCAAUACUUUAUGCAGAAAAAGGAACAGGCAUUACAAACUCUUAAUACUGCUGCCACCCUAGAUCCUAAGAAUCCAUUGGCCCGCUUCCACCGGGGCUCAAUUUAUUUCUCAUUAGGUCGACAUCAAGAAGCCCUCAAAGAACUCGAAGAACUGAAAGAAAUCGUGCCUAAGGAGUCAGUUGUGUUCUACUUAAUUGGAAAAAUUCACAAAACCUUAGGCAACGUAGAUUCAGCCUUAAUGCACUUUAGCUGGGCCACAGAUUUAGAUCCCAAAGGAGCCAAUAAUCAAAUAAAGGAUGCCUUUGAUUCAAUGUCAAAUCCCUGCUGUCCCUCUACCAUGAAUGAGCCUGGAUUGGAUGCCGACUUAGAACCUAUUUCGGAGCGUUCAGACGAAUCAACACAAGCUCAAGACGUCAACUAUGAUAGCGAUUUUUAAAG